UCCCCUUAACGAUAGAAAGUUCACAUCGAGAGGAAAUGCGUUUGUUUUUUAAAAUAAUUUAAGUUUCCCAGCCACUAAGCUUAAUCCAGUGCUGGCUACCAUCAAUCUGGUAGAUGAAGUUCUCGUUAUUGGAAGCUAUCACAGCUGUUUAUGAUGCAGACUAUAAAAUGUGUGGUGGUUGGGGACGGAGCAGUAGGAAAGACUUGCUUACUGAUCUCCUACACAACCAACAAGUUCCCUUCAGAAUAUGUUCCCACGGUUUUUGACAAUUAUGCUGUGACAGUGAUGAUUGGGGGAGAGCCGUACACACUUGGUCUAUUUGACACAGCAGGUCAGGAGGAUUAUGACAGGCUGCGUCCUCUCAGCUAUCCACAGACAGAUGUGUUCCUUGUAUGUUUCUCUGUCGUCUCCCCUUCAUCUUUUGAAAACGUCAAGGAGAAGUGGGUUCCUGAGAUCACUCAUCACUGCCCGCACACACCCUUCCUGUUAGUGGGCACACAGAUGGACCUGAGAGAAGACAGCAACACAAUCGAUAAACUGGCAAAGAACAAACAGCGCCCCCUAGCCCCAGAGAGUGGGGAGAAGCUGGCCCGAGAGCUCAGAGCUGUCAAAUAUGUUGAGUGCUCUGCACUGACACAGCGAGGGCUUAAGAAUGUGUUCGAUGAGGCCAUCCUGGCCGCCUUGGAGCCUCCUGAGACCAAAACCAAGAGAAAGUGUGUGCUGCUAUAGAUGAACGACUACAGAGUGAGAUGUAACAGUGUAAGAAUUUAGGCUGGAUGAAUGAAAACAUCACAAAGAUCGUUAGCCAUUAUGGAAAAAAAGGACAAAACAAAAGGGGACAGGAGGUACAAUGGCUUUGAGACUUAGUCCAGUAUACUUGUACACUGACUGUGCCUUCAAAUUAAACUUAAUGGAGGCUGAGAGAGAGCAGCAUGCAGUCAAUGCAGCGAGUGUCACCCAUCUCCCUUUCUGAAAGCUUGUAAAAUUGCAGUGUUCUCUCUACAAAUACUCCGAUGGGGCGGGCCCCCCUCUGCCUGUCACUGUAGCUUAAUUUUUUUAAAGAGAUAGUUUUAUCUAGUUGCCUUUGGCCUCUCCUGUGUUCCACUUAUCUUUGCAUAUUGGGCCUGUGUGGGAAAGUAAGAAUGAGGAACACUUAACAUUAAGUCUUUUUGGUGUGAAAUUUGGUUUGUACAUUUAAAGGGGCAACUUAAUGUUAAGUGGAACUCUAUUUGCUUUCUUCCCUUGUGGGUUGAAUAAUGAAAGCACAAGAGAUUCAUUGUCACUCCAAAGUAUAGGUAGAUUUCUCUAAAGGUUACUUUUCUCCAAUUCUCAGAGACUUCUACGGCGGCCAAGUGCUUUUUUUUUUUUUUUGCCAAACUCCCAUCUUCAGCUGACUCCUGAAUAUCUAUUUUGUUGUGUGUGUAUAUUGUUUUAAUUAUGUGACUCUGGGGAAAUUUUAAGCCGUUUUUCAUUUUGAAACUUGAGUUUUUAUUUUUAUCAAGAUAGAUUUUAUUAUUGCUAGACCACCAACUUUGGAUGACAUAAUAGAGUUGUAAUACUUUGAAACUGUCUGGAUCUGAAUAGAUGAGGUGAUAAAGUUGGCUAGUUAAUUUCUGGGUGUUUGUAAUCAAAGGAUAUUUUUAAUAAAAUGGUUGAAUGACA